GUCCGGGAUGCCAGCCGCUGCAGUGAAGCCCACCUCGGAGGACCUGGAAGGAGAGGAGGAUUCGGGUCAGGGGAGACUUUCUCUACCGUCGGUGAGAGUCUCCAGGGAGCUGCUGAGGAGCUUCCCUCACUCCAAGAGAGUGGGCUCCUACCUGGUCGGGAGGAUGAUCAACAAAGGCUCGUUUGCCAAAGUGAUGGAGGGGCUGCACAUCGGCACAGGGGAGAAGGUUGCCAUCAAGGUGAUUGACAAAAAGAAAGCACGGCAGGACUCCUAUGUCCUGAAAAACAUGAAGAGGGAACCUCGAAUUCAUCAGAUGAUUCAACAUCCUCAUAUCGUCGUUCUUCUGGAGACUCUGGAGACAGAGAACAGUUACUACAUGGCCAUGGAGCUCUGUGCAGGGGGGGACCUGAUGGACAGGAUCUGUGAGAAGAAGAGGCUGGAGGAGCGGGAGGUCCGGCGCUACACUCGACAGAUCCUAUCAGCAGUGGAACACCUGCACAAGCAUGGCAUCGUGCACAGAGACCUCAAGAUUGAAAACUUUCUUCUGGAUGAGCACAACAACAUCAAGAUUGUAGACUUUGGCUUAAGCAACACUCUGAGGACUGACUCGGUCCCUCUGGAGCUCCUCAGCACUCAGUGCGGCAGUCCGGCCUACGCCGCCCCCGAGCUGCUGGCUCACAGGAAGUAUGGACCGAAAGUGGACGUAUGGUCCAUAGGUGUGAGCAUGUUUGCGAUGCUGACAGGAACUCUGCCCUUCACUGUUGAGCCUUUCAACAUCAAACAUCUGCACCAGAAGAUGGUGAACGGCGAGAUCAGCAGCAUCCCUGCAGACAUAAGCAAAGGCGCCGUGUCUUUCGUGAUGUCGCUCCUUGAGCCGGACCCAGAAAAGAGGCCGACCGUCCGAGAAGCCAUGGAGCAGAAAUGGGUCAACGAGGGAUACAACAAGAAACCUCUGCACUCAGUUUCCCACAAAAACAGGCUGGGUCCAGAAGACCUGAACUCCUCCGUGCUGACGUACAUGACGGAGACUCUGGGUUACUCCAGCUCGGAGGUCACACACGUUCUCACCUCCAACAAACCCUCCUCCAUCAUGGCCAACUAUCACCUGCUGCUCGGCAAGCUCGGCAGAUGCCACAAAGGGGCCAAAGCUGCCAAGACUGAACCCGCCCACGACAAAAGCUCGAAGCCGCCGGGUCGACCUCUGAGGGUCCAGCAGACGAGCGAGAGUCCGAGGAAAGGAAGGAGGACGGAGGAUCUUCAUGGAAAGGACCAGGAGGAGGUCGACGAGAACUGCCCUCCAUCACCUCAUCUGCCCCGCCUUCCUCGGUCCACCUCCCCAUCUCUGCCCCUCCGUGUUCCCUCCCCCUCCCCGGCUGCUCUCUCCACAGAGGGCGGGGCUACAGAUGAAGUUGCCAUCACUGUAGAGACAAGAGAGUCGUUAUUUCCUGAAGUGUCGGUGUUCGCCGGCCGGGUCCAUCUGUCCCCUCCCAAAAGCUCCGCAUCAAAGCUCUGCGACUCCGCUCCUUGUCAAGUCCCACCAUACGGCGACCCGAGCAAAGACGGGCCGACUCAGCACCCCAUCAGGACGACCCAGUCAGACGGCGCCACGAACCCCGACUGUUUCCACGACCACCAAGGUGCCGCUCAUCCUCUGAGCUUCAACCAGCGGCUGGAGAAGCUGCAGACGUUCUACUCCUCCGAGAAGAACGCCGUCUCUCCCAGAAUCCUCCAGGAGGCCGCCGCGCCCUCCUCAGACAGAGGGCGCCUGAACGACACGACGCAGCCCUCCCCCUCCGCUCUGCUCCCUCGCCUCCGCAACGUGGGACUGAAAGAUGGGCGGGGACGGAAGGCGCCGUGGGUGGGGCUGAACCGACCCGGGCCCCCUAGACUUCUAAUCAACGGGUCAAGACCUCCAGCUUUCCUCCCGCAGAAGCAGGACAGAGGGAAGAGGAAGGAGCUGUCUGCAGGAGAAGAAGGAGCCAAGAGGAACCCCGUUCAGCUCCGUUCAUCCCUGCAUCGCCGCGCCGCCAACAUGAACCUGCCGCUGCUUCCUGCAGCGCUGCAGGGAAAGGCGGACCGAAAGAGUCAGCUCCGGAACAUGGAGUACUAACGUGGGAGGAGGGAGUCUUACCGACAACCCUUCGGCUGAACUCCCUGACGACACAAGUAGUGCCAAAGCCUCCAGCUUUAGAGCUGAAUUCAUCAACCAGGUUUUAUUCUAACGUUUAGCCGCCAUCUUUACCUCAAACCGCAAUAUGACCUCCAUGCUUCAGAAAACGGACAUCACCCAUGUAUUUUAUACCUGUUUACUGAUUCUGAAUCAACUUUUUUAUUACUUUGGGAGUUACACAGAAUAGUAGUUCCUAAAAUGUUUCAUGUGUUUAUUGCUUAAUAAAAACUGGAAAAAU